AUGAGGUUGAAGAUACUUGCAGCAGCGCUGCUGCAAUCGUGUUUUUCUCUGGCAGCUUCUGGCGCGCCUGGAAAGAGUGAUCGCAUCUCCGGUGCCUUGAACAGGCACCACGGCGGUCAUGAUUCUCGAAAGUCCGCGGGAAACUCAACAAAUGUGUAUCAGACUAGGUUCGAUGGACUGACGUGGGAUGACAACAACUGGAUACUUGAAACCACUGCUUUCGAUCAAGGACGUUACCAGGCUCGUGGCUCGGUUGCGAAUGGAUAUCUUGGCAUCAGUGUUGCCAGUCUUGGCCCCUUCUUUGAAAUCGAUCGCGAAGACAACGGCAAUGAGAUUAGCGGCUGGCCUCUGUUCUCGAGACGGCAAAGCUUUGCAACGAUAGCCGGUUUCUACGACUCUCAACCGACCACGAACUCGACCAACUUCCCGUGGUUGUACCAAUAUGGCUGGGACAGCGUCAUUAGUGGAGUACCGCACUGGGCUGGGCUAAUCCUUGACUUGGGCAAUGGUGACUACUUGGAUGCUACUGUGGACAACAAAACCAUCAAGAACUUCCAGUCUGCGUACGAUUUCAAGGCCGGGGUGCUGUCAUGGUCUUAUCAGUGGGUUCCGAAAGGCGACAGGGGAUCAUUUGACAUCGCGUAUCGGAUCUUCGCGAACAAGCUGAAUGUUACCCAGGCGGUGGUCGAUAUGGAAAUCACCCCCUCUCGGAACACGAAUGCUACGGUGGUCAACCUCAUUGAUGGUAGAUCGGCUGUGCGCACAGAUUUCGUGGAAUCGGGACAGGACGACCAUGCAAUCUUCACGGCGGUUCGGCCCUGGGGUGUUUCUAAUGUCACGGCCUACGUGUACGCCAACUUGACAGCCUCCGAUGGGGUCGACUUGACUACGCGUACUGCGAUCAAAAACAAGCCUUACGUGAGCACGAACCAAUCGUCCGUUGCCCAAGGUGUGAACGUCCAAUUUGCAACGAAUAAAACUGUACGCAUUACCAAGUUCGUCGGUGCUGCUUCCUCCGACGCCUUUGGCAACCCGCGAAAAACUGCGAAGCAAGCAGCAUUCGCAGGGUUGAUCGCGGGUUAUCAGCAAUCGCUGAAAGCUCAUGUUUCCGAGUGGGCAACGAUCAUGCCUGAUGCCUCGGUUGAUCAUUUUGUGGACCCCAAAACCGGCAGGGUGCCGGAAGACGAUCAUCUCAUCGACUCGGCCAUCGUUGCCGUCGCUAAUGUAUACUAUCUUUUGCAGGCCACCGUUGGCAAAAAUGGUAUUGCCGCGGUCGCAGGAGCCCCGGUGAAUGACCACAGCAUCUCAGUCGGUGGACUUACUUCCGAUUCCUACGCAGGGCAAGUCUUCUGGGAUGCCGAUGUUUGGAUGCAGCCUGGUCUUGUCGCCUCUCAUCCCGAGGCUGCUCAGCGAGUGACCAACUACCGUGUGGCAAAGUUUGGACAGGCGCAGGAAAAUAUCAAAACAUCGUUUGCCGGUGCAAAGAACCGUACCAAGUUCGAGCCGUCCGCGGCGAUCUAUCCCUGGACGAGCGGCCGAUCUGGUAACUGCACGGCUACGGGCCCUUGCUGGGAUUACCAGUAUCAUUUGAAUGGGGACAUAGGACUCUCCAUGAUAUACGAGUGGGUUGCGAGUGGGAAUACGCAGCAUUUCCGUGACGAGCAUUUCCCUAUCUACGAUUCUGUGGCAACCUUGUACUCGAACCUGGUGGAGCGCAAUGGAUCGUCUUGGACUUUGACGAAUAUGACUGACCCUGACGAAUACGCAAACCAUAUCGAUGCUGGUGGAUUCACAAUGGCCCUUAUUUCGGAGACCCUCGACAACGCCAAUGCUUUCCGCGAGCAAUUCGACAUAGAGACUAAUAAGACCUGGUCUGAGAUCGCAGAGAAUGUGCUCAUGCUUCGAGAGGACGGAGUGACACUGGAAUAUACCACGAUGAAUGGCACCGCCGUGGUCAAACAAGCCGACAUCGUGCUUAUUACCUACCCGCUGGUCUACGAUAACUACAGCGCUGAAACCGCACUGAAUGAUCUUGACUACUAUGCCAACAAGCAAUCCGCCGACGGUCCCGCUAUGACUUGGGCAAUCUUCUCCAUCGUGGCCAACGACAUCUCGCCAUCCGGCUGCUCAGCAUACACCUACCACCAAUAUUCCUUCGACCCCUAUGUGCGGCCGCCUUUCUACCAAAUGUCCGAGCAGAUGAUCGACGAUGCGAGCAUCAACGGCGGCACCCGGCCGGCCUUCCCCUUCCUGACCGGCCACGGCGGAGGCAACCAAGUCGUCCUUUUCGGUUACCUCGGUCUGCGCCUGCUCCCAGACGAAGCCAUCCACAUCGACCCGGACCUUCCCCCACAGAUCCCAUAUAUCACCUACCGCACCUUCUACUGGCGUGGAUGGCCCAUCUCCGCGAGCUCCAACUCCACGCACACCACCAUCCGUCGUGCCGUUGACACUCCUGCUCUGCCGUCCGCCGACCCUCGAUUCGCCAACUCGUCCAUCCCCGUCCACGUCGGCCUAGACUCCAACGCAACCACCCACACCCUCCCCCGCUCCAGUCCCUUGACCAUCCGCAACCGCCAAAUCGGAACCAUCCCCACAAUCGCCGACAACAUCGUACAAUGCCGUCCCGUCAACUCCCCCUCCGACUUCGAAGCGGGCCAAUUCCCCAUCUCCGCCGUCGACGGCGCCACGUCCACAAAAUGGCAGCCCUCCUCGUCCUCCCUCACCUCCCUCACCGUCACCCUCUCCGACCAGGAACUUGCCUCAAACGCCCAAGUCCAGGGCUUCCACUUCGACUGGGCCCAGACCCCGCCGGUCAACGCCACCAUCCUCUUCCACGACCACGCCAUCGAGAACCCGGCGUCUUUAUUCCUCAGCUCCCACGACAGCCAUACCCAAAGCCAGAACGAGUCCUACACCGUAGUCACCCACCUCGCAAACAUCGCCCCUUCGAAACCAUGGCUCGCCACGGAAGACUACAACCAAGUGUCCAUACCCGUCGGGAACACCACGCGCGUGGACCUUGACCAGCCUGUGCGUGUAUCGCGGUACGCGACGCUGCUGAUCUCUGGGAACCAGGGACUGGCAGGAGGAGAGGGCAAGGAAGAGGAUGUGGGCGCGACGGUGGCUGAGUGGGCUAUUUUAGGACCGAGGUCGCGAGAGAAGGGGAGGGAUGGAAAAGAGAGUACCGCAGGGAAGAGGACAUUGAAGGUGAAGGAUGCAGUUGCGUUGGAGAGGGGAGUGGUUGGUGGGAGGAGAUGGGGUUAAUAUUUUGAUCUCUGUCUUUUUUUUUUAAUGAAUUUAGUUUGCUUUGUUGAUGAUCUGCUAGCGGGGGCUUAGAUGAGAAAAGAAUUGUU